UUAUUUUUUAGUCAACUUUAUACAAAACUAAAAUAAUUUCUAUUUGUGAUUCAUUCUGUUUUUGUUUGUAAAAUGUAAUAUUUCUGUGUUGUAAUUGAAAAAUGUCCGAAUCAACUAACGGAUAUAUGAGCGAUUCUGAGUGUUCUGAGGAUGAAAUAGAGCCCAAAUUGAAAUAUGUACGUCUCAAUAAUGACCUGAGAGAAAUUUUGAAUAAUACUUCUGCGACAUGCAUUGCAGUGCAUACAAAGUUUGUCUGUCUCGGAUCCCACUGGGGCGUCAUUUACGUUCUCGACCACCAAGGCAACAAUAUAGUGAGCAAAAAAUUGAAAGCGCACACUGUGAGUGUCAAUCAAAUAUCGAUCGAUCAGACUGGCGAAUACAUUGCCACUUGUUCUGACGAUGGCAGGGUGUUUGUCCACGGACUAUUUUCCAAAGAGCAUAAUUUCAAUCUCAACAUUGGAAGGCUUGUCAAGACUGUGGCCUUGGAUCCUAGUUUUUGUAAGAAUCCUACUAAUAAGAGGUUUAUUACUGGUGAUGAUAAAUUGACUUUGUACGAACGCACAUUUUUGGGCAAUCUACGUCCCACUGUCCUUUGUGAAAGUGAAGGUUUGGUUCGGAGCCUUUGUUGGGGUGAGAGUUUUUUAGCUUGGUCCAGUAAUAUUGGAGUCCGAGUUUAUGACAUGAACGCCAGAUGCUCAUUGGGAAUGAUAAAAUGGGAAGAACAUCCAGGUGUGUCAAUAGAAAAAUUUAGAUGUAAUCUACGGUGGGCCGAUAGCCGGACACUUCUUAUUGGCUGGGUGGAUACUGUAAGGGUUUGUGUAAUAAGGAAAAGAAGCAAUAUUGAAUUGGCUGUCAGAGCUUUGCCUGAAUAUUUAGUUGAUCCAGUUUCUACAUUCCAAACAGAGUUUUAUAUUAGUGGAAUCGCACCACUUGAACAACAAUUAGUUUUGUUGGGUGUACCCAAAGAACAAGAUGAGAACAAUAAGAGUUUACGUCCACAAUUGUAUAUAGUAGAAUAUAAGGAUAAUGAUUAUAGUGAUAUUUGUACUGAUAGUUUAACUUUAAGAGGUUACGAAAAAUAUUCGGUAAACGAUUACCAUUUAGAUGUUUUAAUAGAAGAAAACAUGUUUUUUAUUGUUGCUCCAAAAGAUGUCGUUAUUGCUAGUCCUUACGAUUUAGAUGAUAGGAUACAGUGGUUCAUCCAGCACAAUAAGUUUGAGGAAGCUUUGGAUAUACUAAUGCAUAACGAUGGCCGUAAAAUCCACAGACACACCGUUCAAAGUGUAGGGGUAGAUUAUUUGGAUCAUUUGCUCAGUCAAGGCAUGUAUGACGCCGCCGGCAUGUUGGGGUUGAAAAUUUUCGGGAAAAAUCCUUCAUUAUGGGAGGAUCAGAUUUAUAAAUUUGCCAGAGUACAUCAGUUGAGAUCUGUUAGUCCUUACAUACCAAGGACAAAAGAAUCCAAGUUAAAUCCUCACAUAUAUGAGAUGAUUUUGUAUGAAUAUUUAAAACUUGAUGCUCAGGGUUUUGUUCAAUUAAUUAAAGAAUGGCAUCCGGACCUCUACAACGUUUCCGCUGUCAUAAACGCUGUACUAGAUCACAUAAUUCAUGACGAUGCCAAUAAGGAUACUUUCAUAGAAGCAUUGGCUAUUUUGUAUAGUUACGUGCAAAAAUAUGAUAAAAGUUUAUCCAUGUACCUCAAAUUAAAACACAAAGAUGUUUUCACUUUAAUCCAAAAACACGACUUACAUAAUGUAAUCCAGGACAAACUCACAGAUCUGAUGGAUUUGGAUUAUAAAAAAACUGUUGCGCUACUUUUAGAAAAAAAUAAUAUUCCUUCAGAAAAAAUUGUCGCUAAGCUUAGGGCGAAUAAUUUACAUUUAUAUAGAUUUUUAGACGAAUAUGACAAAAAAAAUACCAAAGGCAAAUACCAUAAAGAGUUAGUGGAACUAUACGCAAUAUUUGAUAGGUCAAAGCUAUUGCCCUUUUUAAAAAAAUCUGAUCAUUAUCCUAUACAAGAAGCUUUGGAUAUAUGCAAGAAGAAAAAGUAUUUUCCUGAGAGGGUUUUUCUUUUAGGAAGAAUGGGUGAUACGAAAAAAGCUUUAGACUUAAUUAUAAACGAACUGAAAGAUAUUCAAUAUGCCAUAUCCUUUUGUCAUGAACAUGACGAUACAGAUUUAUGGGAAGAUUUGAUAAAUCAUUGCAUAAAUAAACCAGAAUUUAUAACAUUUUUGUUGCAAAGUAUUGGAAGCUAUAUUGACCCGACUACUUUGAUUUUGAAAAUGAAAGACGACAUGGAAAUUCCAGGAUUGAAAAAUUCUUUAGUGAAAAUGUUGAACCAGUAUAAUUUACAGGUUUCAGUUCAGGAAGGAUGCAAAAAAAUUCUGGUUUCAGAUUAUUUCAAUCUUCAAAAAAAAUUAGUACACGUUCGUCAGAAGGGUACUUCAGUUUGUGGGGAGACUUUAUGCGGUGCUUGCCAUUAUAAGCUCAUUCAAAGUGAUAUGUCUAGAGUUACUGGUCUGAAAAUGUUUAAUUGUAGACAUAUAUUUCAUAAGGAAUGUGUGGGAGAUGAUACCACUGUUUGUGUAGUUUGUUAUCCGUCUGAAAAUAAAUAGGUUUGGGGUGACGUCAAAAAUAAAAAUAUGAAAAUCCUUAUCUACCCACGAUAUGAUUCUGGAUCCGGCGUUUUCUCCAUCGACAUCGAAUUCGGACGACAAAUGCACAACAAAUUUGUGGGGCGCCUGACGGAUUCUGUCUUCAAGAAAUUCUUUGUAUCUUUGCAACUCAAUUUCUUCUGUUUCGGGUGGCUUCAAAAAUGUACUCGAGCCAGUAGUUUUGACUGCUAACUCUAAAAAAUAUUAAAACAAUUACGAUUAUUUCAAUGCUUGUUGUACCCUUACGUUUUUUUAAUUCUUUAAUUUUUUCUUUGAUAUUCUCGUUGAUUUGUUUCUCGGUGACGUUUGAUUCUGGCUGUGCGCCUCGUACUAGUUCCACUUUCAGGCACAGACCUCCGACGGCUUUAGGAGUGGCAUUUUCCUCGUCCAAUUCGUCAAUGUUGCUUAUUAGCAAAGUUUCGCGGAAACAUAAACGUCUUAUCAAAGUUUCAUCUAAAAUAUUAAUCAAACAGUUACCAGUUAUGAUUUAUAUCUAUGUAAGAGUUAAUAUAACAUAAAUUUUUGUGUGUAAUUUUAUAUUUAUAUACUUUUUACAAUAGAUACUGCAUUGCUUUUAUAUAAUGUGCAGUAUUAUUAAAUAUAAAUUAAUACUUUUCUUGAUUAUUAUGUAGAAUCUAUUAUAAGACAUAUAAGUAUAAUAUAACGCUUUUGUAUUUAUUGUUUAAUUGUUAUUAUUUCAUCAUAGAUGUUCAGGAACAAUAUAAUAAUGCUUAUUUGUUAUUUCUGUCUAAUUUUAUUCUUUUUAUUCAUAGUUUUUUUGGCCUGAAUAUCUAUGAAGUUUUGAUGUAUUUUUGUAAUGAUUAUUAUUGCUAGUGCAAGCGAAAAGUGAUAUGUAAUGUUGUUUUAUUUUUAUUACCAAAAGUGGGUUUUGACAGUGUAUUAAUAUAUCAUAUUAUUAUUUAAUUUUA